AUGGAGAAGCAGUCUUUGUGCGGUGCCUCCGAGAAGGCCAGCUGUGGUCGAAAGAGCAGUUCAGAAAUUCUAAGAAUAGGCGAAAAAGUGGGGCCAGAAGUCCACGACACAAGGCGUGAUGGUGUGAUCAUGCUAGAAGUAGGCGAAAACGUGGCGCCUAAAGACCAUGACACAAGGCACACAGAUGUGGUCGUGCCAGAAGAGCCAGAUGUACUGCGAGUUACAUUCAUACCAGUGGUGGUUCCAACACACGUCGCAGGGGGAGGCGGCGGUGCUUCCUUGCCUCGUCUGUUCCCCCACCCCCCUCCCGCAUCUCCUCUGCCAUUGGUGCGGAGGCGAGCUUCCCGGCGAUGGCGGCGGCGCUGGAUUCAAUCUGCAGGAGAGAGAGGGAGGUGCGUCUUCGAAUGGGAGAGGGUCUCCGCCGGCGUCGGCCUGCACCGGCGACCUCGCCUUCCAGGGCGGCUUGACUACAGUCUACAGAUAGGAGAACAAAUAAAUAGGACCAAGAAAAUUAGUUGCUCGUAUAUUCAUGUAUCGCGGAGAGAAGUACCCGAUUGGAGAAAUUUGGUAUGCCGAGUAAUCUGCAGACCGUAUGCGGAGGCUGACGAAUGGGGAAGGUGGAGAGCAGUGGCGGAUCCGCCUCCUCGGCAUGGCUCUCGUUCCUUCGGCUGUUGCUUACGGUUGAGAUCGUCCAGUACGUUGUUCAUCCUUCGGCUCGCUGCUCGGGCUGAUGGUUCGUGCGACAUCCAUGCUGUUAACCAACAAGAAACCUUACUUGAGAGCAGGCAGAGGCGUGGAGCCAAUGGUGAUGUUGUUGCCUGCUCUUCUAAACUGCCGCUUGUUCAUCGUUUGCUGUUUUGCCUAUCAAGGAAGGUAACUACUCGAAGCAAUUGGCGAGACAAGCAUUCGAUGGAGCUCAAAGCGUUGAUCUUGAAGGAAGGUAACUACUCAAAGGUACAUACUGAAGGAUGUUUUGAGGCUAGCACCUGCUUUAGAAGUUUUGCAAUUCACAACAAUACCUCAUAAUUUUGAUUUGAUGUCCAGAAUGUCAAUUGAAGAAUGAGCCUAUGAACUGCAUUAUAGUUUGUAAUAUAUCCUUAUAUAUGGUGCUUGUGGCGUUUUUUUUUCAAUUAUAAGUUUACAUUUAUGGGUAUUACAAAGUCCCCCUUUCUUUUUCCACAAGGGGCAGUAGCUGUGCCAUUCGAUUCGAAGGACAAAGAAUUGAUCACAAUGGGGUAGCAUUCAGGAUAUAUACACAAGAGUAUAGAACCAAAUUAUAUGAUGUAAUUGACCACUAUUUCUAUUAACUUCUCUUGUGCACAA